AUGCUUGACUUGCAGCGUUCGAUCACGUUUUUGCUUGUCGCUGCUGCUCUGGCGGAAGGUAACAAUUUGCGUCAGGCUCACCGAACUUUGCAGACGUUCACCCCGUCGGACGACUAUUUCUCUGUCAUGCUCGACCGCGUUAAUCAAGUAAGGGCGGUUGCCGGGCUUCCGGCGUUGUGCACCAACAAGAAGCUCCAGGAAGCAGCCCAACGGCACUCCGACGACCAGGCCGCUAACGACUAUUUGGACCACAAGGGCACCGAUGGGACGAGUGUUUCGGAUCGCAUCACCCAAGCUGGUUAUGAUUGGAAUGCUGUAGCUGAAAAUGUUGCCGCCGGCCAGCCUGACGUAAAUUCUGUCAUGGAGUCGUGGUUGAAGUCUCCUGGUCACCUCGAAAACAUUCUAGGAGACUACACCACGUUUGGCACCGCCUACUCCUACAAUGCUGACGGCACAUAUCGGCACUACUGGACCCAAGACUUUGGAUCGGGUGACGCCGAAGAGUGUAACGUUAAGAGCAUCGCUGACACCAACAUUGCGACUGUUAACGAUAAGACGGAUGAACCUGUCGUGGCAAUCGAUACUUCAGAGACCGGUGUCAGCACAGACAAUAUUCACUCCGGCUCAAAGGAAAGUGAUGCAUCUUUCACGGGUGCUCCUGUCGUUAUCGAGUCACUUGAUACUCAAGGCGACAACGUAUCGGGCGAGACAGGCGAACCAGUGAUGGUAAUCGAUCCUUCGGAAAUAGAAGUAAGCCUGGGAGGUAGUUGCUCCGGUUUAAAAGAGACUGAUGCACCUUAUACGUGGUAG